CUUCCCAAGAUCUACACAUAACAAGUUCUUUAAAACUUUCCAAACAAGGCAGCAAGAACCCUCAACCAUGGCCUGCCAUUGUAGGUAUUUGAUUAAGUUCCUCACAAGAUGCUGCUUCUGCUACAAGCUCCGCUUCGGGGUCAUGAUGUUCGGCUGCAUCUUCUUCAUGUGGUUCAUCUACCUGACCUUCGGCACUGCCUUCAUGAUGGAGUCCAUCUUCCCCAAUGAAUACCAAUCGGGAAAGGGACCCUGGUCAGCGUCUGCCCUCAAGACCACCAUGGUAUUUUCAUUUUUCGGAAUCUUGUCAUCCGGAUUGCUGUGCAUUGGUGUCCAUAAUAACAAUGAGAUGCUCUUUCUACCAUUUCUGGUAUUUGCACCCAUUUGGAUUUUGGUUCAUAUACUGGCCCUGGCCCUCUAUGCCUUUAAAGUGGUGGUUAUACUCCUUUUAGUCUUAACUAUACUAAUUCUCAUUUAUGCCUGGCUUGUUGUGUGGUCCUACUAUGUGGAACUGCUCUUCGCCUACGACGAUGAACUGGAAACUGGAACCCGCUACAUUUAAGAUCUGAUCGGAACAUCAAGAGGUUCCAGUACUUUAUACUUGGGACCUAUAUAGAGCAUUCAACUAACGUUCCAUUACAUGAUUCCUCGUGCCAUUCUGACGUAUAUACACAGAGAGAAAAUUAUAGUGUCAAAAAUUUACAAAUCCCUAAAUUGUUUGUUCCAUUAAAGUUUAUAAAAACA